AAACAAACAAAUGAUAACGCAAAUAAUAACAUUAGCUAAAUAAAAGCGCCAGUUUCUGACUUUUUGCCUUAAUUGUACGUGCUCUUGCCUUUGAGACCCAAGUCCUCAAGAGAGACGAAACAAUAUUUAAAAAUCAAAAAACAAGUCUGGAUAUUCCUCCAACAUGAAUUAAUGUAAUCAGCUUGGCUGAAAUGCGACUCUUUUUAUUAUUAUUUGUGAUUUGUUCAACGGGCUGAACAUUUGUAAGCAAGGUAAAAGGAUCUAAACCAGAAAAGGAAAGAACUGCUGAAGCAUUUCUGAUAAGCCGUAGGAACUUCUAGAGGGAGCUGAAUGCAGAGAGCAACACGAUUUUGGACAGCCCAAGUCAUUUUAUUCUGUUGGACUGGCAUGAAAUAGGACUUUCUGGAUAUCCGAUUCCCUGAUGUGUAACUAAAAACGUGCAUGAGAAUGUUUUAAUAACCUGCUGUGACAGAAAAGAAGCUGGUCAGGAGGGACAUACUCACCUAAGAUAGAACUGCCACAUUUACCAUGGAACCCAUCCUUGAUAUCUCCGCCAUCUCUCACCCGUCCUCCACAGUGACAUAUGACCCUAAAUCUGAAACUGUGACUUUCCCAAGCGGGGUGGUCUCUGUUGCGGGAGUCACUGUUGUAACCGGAGGCACUGAGCUGUCUUGCAGCUCCUGCAUGUUGGCUUUUGGGUUUUGGGGCACUUUGGUUGGCCUGAGUGCACUGUGUGUGGGACUGAGGGAACACUUACUGCUAAAUGACGGCAAUAUUUCAAAUCUGCUGGCUUUGGGUUUGGCGAUCCUAAUAAUAAGUAUAGGUGUUAUGGUUGGAGUGUUUGGGUUUCGUUGCAUAAAGAAGAAGACAGGGAUUUUGAGAACAGAGAGGGAAGAAGGAAAAGUUGUGCUAGUUGCUGAGGGAGGGCAGACUGUCAUAAAAACAAUCACUGUUUGAAAGUUGACCUACAGAUUUUAAAUGUGAAAUACUGAUAUUUUUAUAAGCUACUGAUAGUCAUGAAUUUGUUUGUAAAUGGGGAAUAAGGAUAUUUAAUAUUCAGUUUUUACCAUCUCUCUCUCUCUCUCUCUCUCUCUCUCUCUCUCUCUCGUUCUCUCGUUCUCUCUUUCUCUCUCUCUGGACACUAACAUAGAAAAUAACACAGGAAACAAUUAGCUGACUUUCCUGUGAGUAAAAAUGGAAACAUUUAAACAUUUCCUUUGUAAACAGAAAACAUGCAUCGUUAGAAAGUGGUUCAGGAGUUCUGUCUGAAUUCCAAAACUGUCUGAAAUGUUAAAUGGUAAUUUCUGUAAAAAAUACAUAUCAAAAUUUUGGCUUUUUUAUUGAGAGAAAUAUGUUCUUCAUAACAAUUAUUAACAACCCUGUAUUUUCUGUACUCAGUAUGAUGUUACCUUUUUAAUAAAAUCAUUAUUUUGUGA